ACCUGAUCACAAGGUCCAGGCAUGUAAUUUAUAGUAUCUAUGGUCCAGGUAAUUGUAGGCGUAUCUCAAAAUAGAAUGUGAAAAUGGCUGCUUUCAAGCAAAGAUUUGUGUUAUUCUCUCGACACAGUGUGCUGGCUAUAGUGUUGAUACUCUUCUCAAAAGCUGUGUCUGGUAAUGUAACCUUGAAGACAGGCCAAGCACUCCUCACUGUAUACAACGACUAUAGUGAAAAUCUGAUAGUGGGCAUCAAGUUCGAUAUCUGUUACAACUGCAGUGUAACCCGCCUGAACAGUAGUGACGACGACGCUACAAACACUAUAUAUCCCAACAACAACCGAAGCUUCACCAUCCAAACAGCUCACCCCAGCUCUGUGUACCUCAACUGUACCAAUGGCGAUGGCUACUGCUACAUCAAGAGCCCUUACACAUACGCCGAGCAUGGACACUACCUGUUGAAAGUACAAAGAGAUAAAUUCACCUGUAGUGCGAAUAGUGUUAAGGAGUGCAAUAGCAUCAUUAUUAUUGAUCCUGGGCAGAAUGAGUAUCUACCCAUUCUGUAUGCUGCGGUGGUCAUCCUCUUCCUCUCUGUGGGGUGGGUGUGUCUCACCUUCGGCUAUAGACUGGCUAUAAAGAAAGGAAUACUCAAGUACUGCCAUUUCCGUGCUAUUGAUAGAGCAGCAGCUAGAGAUCUUGGUACGCCCAGUAAGAGCACCCCCUCCUCCAACUACGGGGCUACGGAGGCAGAGACAAAGCCACUGGUAAAAGCCAGCGGUGGUUUAAACUCUUCUCUGAUUAACGACGGCACUAGAGAUGGUGCUGAUAGAGAGAGUGAUCCUAAACCCAAGAAGAAAGUGCGACUCAUGUCCCUGGAUGCCUUCAGAGGAUUUUCCCUGGCCAUCAUGAUAUUUGUCAACUAUGGCGGUGGAGGCUACUGGUUCUUCAAUCAUAGCGUGUGGGAUGGGCUCACUGUUGCUGACCUCGUGUUCCCCUGGUUCGUAUGGAUAAUGGGCGUGUCCCUCGUAUUCUCGUUUAGUGGGCGGAGUCAGGACUCGGUCUGGAAGAGGUUGUAUCAGAUUGUGAGGCGAACUAUUAUAUUGUUUGGACUCGGACUACUUCUCAAUAGCAACACAAGUGACUUCCAGCUUGCAACCUGGCGUAUCCCGGGGGUGCUCCAGAGGUUUGCUAUCUCCUACUUUGUGGUGGCCAUGACCGAGCUGCUCUCAACAGCAGUGUACUCACUGCAGAAGAGGAAAGUUAAAUUCAGCUGUUGGGAGCCUAUAGCGGACAUGGCCAACAGUUGGGUACAAUGGACUCUCAUCCUCCUACUAGAACUGCUCUCCCUAACCCUCACCUUCCUACUGACUGACAGCUCGUGUCCCCAAGGCUACCUGGGCCCUGGGGGCAUCUCCGAGUGGGGAGCAUAUGAGAACUGCACUGGAGGUGCUGCAGGGAUCAUUGAUCGUUGGUUUUUUGGGGAGAAUCACAUCUACCAACAUCCUACAGCUAAGCACAUGUACCAGCUGCAUCAUAGCUUUGACCCCGAGGGCCUCCUGAGUUCCCUCAACUCUAUAGUGAUAUGCCUGCUGGGCGUACAAGCUGGUCGUGUGUUGGUGUUCUUCAAGGGACGCCAUAUUGGCAUCGUUAUCCGAUUUAUCAUGUGGGGAGUGCUUCUGGGUGUGUUGUCUGCCCUGCUGUGUGAGGGUCAAAGGGAAAAUGGCCUCAUCCCCAUCAACAAAAACCUGUGGUCCCUGUCAUACACGCUGGCUAUGGCCGGCAGUGGAUUCCUCCUGCUAGCUAUGUUCUAUACUCUCAUUGACGUGUUGAAACUGUGGAAUGGAGCACCAUUCAAAUACCCAGGCAUGAACUCCAUCCUAGUGUACGUGAGUCACGAGGUGUUCCAGGAUUACUUCCCCUUCAGCUGGCCUCACCAAACAGACACACACCUCAUCUUCCUCUCCGCUAACCUCGUGGGCACAGGGCUAUGGAUGCUCAUAGCUUACUACUGCUACUAUAUUGAGUUCUUUGUCAAAAUAUAACUCUCAGAAUGUUUGCAUGUGUGAACUCAGUAAGAUUAUCCCUUUUUGCUUGUGAUGCACACGCAUGCAUAGUUGCUUGCUGUCAUGACUUGUAUAUUCACUGCAUGUAUGUAAAUCAUUAAUUAAAUAUUGAGCAAGCUA